AUGGAGUUUCACGCUGUAAUUUUCUGCGGAAAGGGGUCUUCUUUGUCGCCAAUUUCCGCUGUCAAGGAAACGGGCGUCCCAAAGGCCCUAUUACCCGUGGCCAACAAGCCCAUGAUCCAGUAUGUUCUUGAAUGGUGUGACAAGGCACCGUUCCGUCAAAUCACCAUCUUCACAGAGACACAUACUUUGGCCAGAAUCUCCAAGUUUGUUGAUACUUAUAAAGAGUCCAGAGACUCAGAUCUGGCACAAACCAGUCCAAUUGAAUGCAUAGGAGCAGACGCUUCCAGUACUGGAGUCAUCUUGAACCAGUACAAAGGCCAUAUUCUGAAAAAUACCGGCAACUUUGUUCUUUUACCUUGUGAUUUCAUCACAGACGUGCCUCCUCAGGUGCUGGUGGAGGUUUUCCGCGGUCAGGAUUACAACAACAUUGGUUUAUCCAUCUGUUACAACAAUAGUUUUGAAAAUAUCGAUGCUAAUAAGGUGUUGAACUCAAAUUACACCAUGUAUUCCAAACAAAAUAGCCAAUUGGUGCUUUUGGAUUUGUGUUCCAAAGGAUCUGUGGCACUGUCGAAAUUCCUAAAGAUCAGAACCCAUUUGUUAUGGAGAUACCCAAACACUCAAGUUUCCACUGCAUUAUUAGACUCAUUUAUUUUCUUUGGUGACUCACGUCUUUUCAAGCUUUUGGAAGACCAGAAAAACGGCCUUAUAUCCAGCAACUCGGCGACAAAGAUUAAAAGAGACCUUGCACGGAGAUCGUGGAAACACUCGACCAAACAAGAGGCCGUGGGGCUCUUCAUACUACCGGAGAAGUCCACUUUUGCCAGAUGCAACAAUCUGGCCGUGUACGCAGAAACUAAUCGUCAUGUGCUUAAGCUGCAUGCCAAAGAAUCUAAUACCACUGCAUCUACACAAAAGCCAAAGGAAAAAGCAGACAAGCCCAAAAACCUGGCUACUGUCGGUGCCGACUCAUUGGUCGGGGACAACACCGAAUUGGGAGAAAGAACAAGCGUCAAGGGCUCUGCUAUUGGCAAUAACUGCAAGAUCGGUAAUAAAUGUCGGCUCACUGCAUGUGUUGUUCUGGAUGGGGUUGUUAUUGAAGACGACGUUUCGCUACAGAACUGCACGAUCGGAGAAAAUGCACGCAUUGGAGCCGGUUCAAGACUGGUGAAUUGCAACAUCGAGGGCGCCUAUGUCGUUGGAUCCAAGGUGAACUUGAAGGGAGAGACGUUGACUAACUUAGAGAUUGGUCUGGAGGACGAAGAUGGGUCUUUUGAGGCCAUUGACGACGAUUCCGACGAGGACGACUCUGAAGACGGGGAAAGCGGCUACGAUGACGAAAGCUUUGAGGAGGAGGAGUACGAUGACGAUAUUUUCGAUAGAACGUGA